AAAACAAACCAAUCACAAUAUUUGCUCAUGAGGGGUUCAUUUAGUAAUUUUCAGACCCUCUUGAAAACUUUUGAAUGAUGAAAAAACAAGCUCAAUUUUCUUGUUCAUCAUAUUUACAAACACUAGUAUCAAUAUUUACUACAACUCUUCUCCUUUUCCAUCAAAAUUCUCUAGCUAAACAUCACCAACCAUGUCCAACUUCAUCAUGUGGCAGAAUUCACAACAUAACAUAUCCAUUUCGUCUCAAAACCGAUCCAAACCAGUGUGGCGACUCAAGGUACGAAUUAGAUUGCAACGAAUUCGGUGCAUCAUUAACUAUGUUCUCGGGGAAAUACUACGUACAACACAUCGAUUACAAGAGAUAUACAAUUUCAUUAAGCGACGCCGGUGCAGUGGAAGAUACUAAUUGCUCUUCCAUACCACGGUACUUUCUAUACGACCGUAGUUUCCAUAAUAUUCUUUAUGGUGAACAGGAUUUUGGAUCUGAACCGUUCCUUUUGGAUCUAAGUCCACCAAGAGUCGCAUAUUUCAAUUGUUCUAAUCCAGUUAAAGAUCCACGGUAUGUUACCGUGGACACAAGUCAUUGUAGCAUACGAGGAAUUGGUCAUGUGUAUGCUGUUUUGGAACAAUCAUUGUCUGAGUAUAGUUUUGAGGAUAUUAAGAUUGGGUGUGAGUUUAUGGUGGCUACGUUGACUAAGGAAUGGUUUGAGGACAUUAGGAAGGGGAAUGUUUCUUAUGAUGAGAUUCAUGGGUUGAUUGUCGAUGGAUUUGAGGUUUCUUGGUUACCCGCGGUUUGUGAAAGUCGAUGUGGUAAAGGGACAAUUUGUGAGGUUGUUGAUGAAAAAAGUGGACAAGUUAAAUGUGGGAAGCGAUUCUGUCAUUAUGCUUACCAAACAACCAAUAAGUGUGAACUUCAACAGCAGAUAUUUGGUUAUAUCCGCGCUUAUCUUAGAGGCAUUUUUAUUGGACUUGGAAGUAGAAUCACAUUUAGCACAAGACAAUUGGACAAUCCAGUUGGACUAGAAUAUUUUGAUGGAGGAAUAUUCAUAGGAAGAAAAGUUAUACCGAUAUUCGUAGCAGCUAGAUUUAUAUUUGGAGUUACAGUUCUACUUGUGCUAUUUAUCUAUAAAUGGAGAAGAAGACAUGUAUCAAUGUAUGAUAACAUUGAAAACUUUUUGCUUGAGAGCAAUCUAAAUCCAAUUAGGUAUGAGUACAAAGAAAUCAAGAAGAUGACCGGAGGUUUCAGAGUGAAAUUAGGUCAAGGUGGUUUCGGUGCUGUGUACAAAGGAAAGCUAAGAAGUGGACCGGAUGUCGCAAUAAAGAUGUUGACAAAAACAAAUGUUAAUAAUGGACAAGAUUUUAUUAAUGAAGUUGCGACCAUUGGAAGAAUACAUCAUGUUAAUGUAGUUCGUUUGGUUGGAUAUUGUGUUGAAGGAAAAAAGAGUGCGUUGGUUUAUGAAUUCAUGCCGAAUGGAUCGUUGGAUAAAUACAUUUUCCCUAAAGAAGGAGUUGUCCCUUUGAGUUAUGAGAAAGUAUAUGAAAUAUCUCUUGGAAUAGCUCGUGGGAUAUCGUAUCUACAUCAAGGUUGUGAUAUGCAAAUUCUUCAUUUUGAUAUCAAACCUCAUAAUAUCCUUCUAGAUGAAGAUUUUGUUCCGAAGGUUUCGGAUUUUGGACUUGCAAAGCUAUAUCCUGUGAACGAUAGCAUUGUUCCGUUAACUGCGGCCAGAGGAACUUUGGGUUACAUGGCUCCUGAAUUGUUCUAUAAAAAUAUCGGAGGAGUUUCUUACAAGGCUGAUGUAUAUAGUUUUGGAAUGCUUUUGAUGGAAAUGGCAGGUAAAAGGAAGAACAUGAAUCCUAACGCAGAGCAUUCGAGUCAACAUUACUUCCCAUUUUGGAUUUAUGAUCAAUUUAAAGAAGAGAAAGAUAUCGAAAUAAUGGAAGAUGUCUCAGAAGAGGGAAUGACUAUAGCUAAAAAGAUGUUCAUGGUUGCGCUUUGGUGUAUUCAGUUGAAACCGAGUGGUCGUCCUUCAAUGAACAAAGUAGUAGAGAUGCUUGAAGGGAAAACGGAAAGCACUGAACUACCUCCAAGGCCUUCUUUUUAUCCAAAUGAAAAUUAUAAACAUCAUGAAGAAAUCGACUCUGAUCAAUCAUCAUGGGGUGAUUCCACUAGUAUUGGUCAAGCCUCGACUAAUUAUUCACUGGACAGUUCCUCUUGACAAACAGCAAUCAUAUCAGCAGAACUUUGGUGAUGUUAUUUGAGUGUGUGAGAUUUUCUGGUUUGAAACUAUGAAAUGUUUAGAUAAUUUUUCUGUGACUCCAUCCUGUGGCAAAGAAAAUAAGGCUUUGUUGUAAUUCUUCAACUCAUUAUUCUUUUCUUCUUUA